CAGUAAAUAAUUAUAUAUUGUAAUCAAACAAAGCCCCCUUACGUACUCUUACAGGCGAUUCCCUCACCGGAGCAUAGUAGUUUCCGUCGCUCCGUGGUGUGGAGCAUGUCCCUACGAGCCCUCCAAUCCAACAUCAAUAACAACGAUCGGGGGUUCCAAAGAGCCCUAAAUGCGUGCCCAGAUUACAAAACACUUCCAGAAUUAUGCUGGCAAGUGCUUAUUCUUACCUGGUGCUUGUAAGUGCAGUGACAAGCUACAAAUGUCCGUACGAGCAUAGUGGCACAGCACAUUCGUCACCCAGGAACGGAACUAAACGAAGACUGGCGGGAACUUGAUCUGCUAUGGAGUGUACUAGACAUAUAUAUUUCAUAGAUCCCAAGAAUCCGGUCUGCUACAACCCAGUAACCUUUCGCAAAUUCGCCAACUAAGAUUCACCUUCCAAAAUGUCUGCAAGUUGUUCUGCCCUUGCAGAUCUUGAUCGUACAAACUGGGCAUUUUGCCCCUCAACACCCCCUGCAAUCGUGUUCACUGUUUUGUUCGCUCUCACUACGUUCGCCCAUCUCUCACAAGCUAUAUUCUACAAAAAGGCAUACUGUUGGGUGAUUGUUGGCUCUGCGUUUAUUCAAACAGUCAACUACAUCUGCCGCAUCAUCAGCAUCACAAAUCCCAACACUCUAGGUCCCUACGCAGCUUGGUUUAUACUAAUGCUGAUCGCGCCACUCUUUACAAAUGCCUUUGUUUAUAUGGUGAUGGGAAGGAUGAUCUGGAAUUAUAUUCCCAGUGCAAAACUUUAUCGAAUCACAGCGUGGAGAUUUUCGGCAUUCUUUGUGAUUUUUGAUAUCAUCGCUCUUAUUAUCCAGGUCGCUGGAGCAUCCUCAAGCGCUGGUAACAGAAGGCCAAAUCAACAGGUGAUCAACGCAAUUCAUAUUUACAUGGGUGGUGUUGGAUUCCAGCAGUUCUUCAUUCUUCUGUUUUUGGUCUUCGCCAUCAAAUUUCACCAGACAGUCCUUCAGCAAGUCCGACAGGGCGCGAAGGGAGCUUCAGGUGCGCUGCCAUUAUUGUAUGCGAUAUACCUGGUACUCGCUCUUAUCACGAUGAGAAUUGUGUUCCGUCUCUGUGAAUACGCCCAGGGAUUCCACAGCAAUAUCCCAACCCACGAGGCGUACCAAUACUGCCUUGACUCUGUUCCCAUGCUAUUUAGCCUUGUCAUACUCAAUGUCAUUCAUCCAGGUCGCAUCAUGCAAGGGGAGGAAAGUAAUAUUCCUAGUCGCAAGGAGAGAAAAGCACAGGGAAUUUACAGCAAGUCCGAGAAUAUUAGUGGGAGUCCUGUAUUGACAGUAUAAGAAAGGACUCAUAGUAGAGUAAUGUGAAGGAAAGGCAAUGCUUAAACGGAAUUCAGCAAGGAGCAGGCAGUAAUUUGCGGAGCUUUGGGAUGGGGGCUAUGAGGGAUGGUGAUAGAAGUCGGA